UGUUUUUUCCCUAACUUUAACCCCUUAAAUGAAAUAUGGUUGAAACCGGGUCGGCAGUGACGCCACAUGGCGAGCUUCCUACCCUUCAACCUGAUUAUAGAACGUUUUAAAAAAAAAAGAAUCUACCGAAGGCAGCCGCGGAUGGGUGGGUUGUACCAACCAACAGGCAGCUUUGGGGGGCGAGGAAGAUACCAAGUCUCGUCAAUAUUAUUCUGUAUUUAUCCAAAUUCCACAAGCAGGGUAUCGUAAUGCGGCAAACGUAAAAUCCAGCGCCAUCAAAUUACACGUUAUCCCAGGGAGGGGGGUUGGUGUUCGCAUGGGACACAGUCAGAUCAGAAGAUUGCCCUCCUCCCCCUUCCUCCCAUUGUUGACCUGUUCCCGCCCCUUCUCCCAUCACAAGCUCUUGCUGCAGGGCAGGCGAGCGGCUCCUGCUCUUGUUUCUGCUUCGGAGUGUUGUCCUUGUUUUCCGAACGCUGCUUGACAACGGGCCCAGGGAUGUGAGGCGCAGCUAAACGGUCACAAUAAUAAUAAUAUUAAUAAAAAAAUAAUACUAAUAAUAAGAGACGUACGGAGUGAGCGAGUACCCGGUGAGAGAGAGGCAGAGGAUGAGCUGCACUCAGCGCUGAGGAGAGCUUCAUUCAUCCCGAAGCCCAGCACUGCCCUGUGUGUAUGUGUCUUGGGAUUUUUCCAGUAAUCAAGAAUGCCUCUGGUCAAAAGAAACAUUGAGCCCAGGCACCUAUGCCACACUGUCCUGCCCAGGGCUAUCAAGAAUGAACUGGAAUGUGUCACAAAUAUUUCUUUAGCAAACAUAAUCAGACAACUAAGUAGCCUCAGUAAAUAUGCAGAAGAUGUAUUUGGGGAAUUAUUUAACGAGGCACACAGUUUUUCAUUCAGAGUGAAUUCAUUACAAGAGCGCGUGGACCGGUUAUCGGUUAGCGUAACCCAGCUUGAUCCAAAAGAAGAAGAACUUUCGCUUCAAGACAUCACUAUGAGGAAAGCCUUUCGAAGCUCGACAACCCAGGAUCAGCAGCUGUUUGACCGCAGAUCUUUACCAAUCCCUCUCCAAGAAACAUAUAACCUAUGUGAACAUCCUCCACCUCUCAAUAUUCUGACUCCCUACAGAGAUGAUGGCAAAGAAGGUCUGAAAUUUUACACUAAUCCAUCCUAUUUCUUUGACUUAUGGAAAGAAAAGAUGCUGCAGGAUACAGAGGACAAGCGGAAAGAGAAGCGAAAGCAGAAACAAAAGAAUCUAGAUCGACCACAUGAGCCAGAAAAGGUGCCUCGAGCGCCACAUGAUAGACGCCGUGAAUGGCAGAAGUUGGCUCAGGGUCUGGAGCUGGCGGACGAUGAUAUUGAGAUUCUUCAUAAACCAAUGGAAAUAUCUAAUGGCCCUGCUUCACACUAUGAAACAAGACCUCAAGCAUAUGGAGAAACUGUCGAUGGACCCUUCUCACUUGCAGCACUACCCUACAGUCAGAUGAACGAUCUCCUAAACAGGGUCGAAGAUCGGGUGUUGGUGAGACCACAUGAACCUCCUCCACCUCCACCAAUGCAUGCAGCAGGAGAUGGAAAAGCCAUGCCGCCAAUGAUUAGUGCCACAUCAGGGCUGAAUGACAACAGGCCACAGUCUCCUGCCACUGGUAGAACACAGAUGUUUGUGAGCCCCUCUCCUCCACCCCCUCCUCCCCCUCUACCUCCUCCUCCUCCGCCCCUUCCAUCUGCGCUUUCUGCGUCAUCACUGCGAUCAUCUAUAUCCUCCACUCCUCCUCCACCUGUUCCCCCACCACCUCCGCCACCUACUGCUAAUCUGCAGACUACUGUUAUGCCACCACCUCCAACUCCCCUCCAGAUAGCACCUGGUGUCCUCCACCCUGCUCCACCUCCUGUAGCACCUCCUCUUGCACAGCCUUCACCUCCGAUAUCACGUGCUGCUCAAGUGAAUGAAAAUGUGCCAGUUCACCCACUUCCUCAGAUGGAGGCACAGGGGCUUCCCCCACCACCACCUCCUCCUCCUCUACCCCCACCUGGAAAGCGACCUUCUUCCCCUGUUGCUGUCCCACCUCUUUCUCAUCCUCCUACCGGUCUGCAUCCUCUUGCUUCUGUUGUGCCCGGUUCACAUGCACCUUUACUGCCCCCAUCCCCACCAUCUCAAGUGGUUGCUGAGAGUAAGAGACAUCCAUCAACUCUUCCGGUCAUCAGUGAUGCUAGAAGCGUACUUCUGGAAGCAAUACGAAAAGGAAUUCAGCUCCGUAAAGUUGAAGAACAACGGGAGCAGGAAGCGAAACAUGAACGCAUCGAAAAUGACGUGGCUACCAUUCUGUCCAGGCGCAUUGCUGUGGAAUACAGCGACUCUGAAGAUGAUUCAGAGUUUGAUGAGGUGGAAUGGCUGGAGUAGAACACACACAUUGUUACACACUAAAAACUGGAAUGCUGAUGUAAAUUGUGGUGCUUGUUCUUUGAAAAUGUUUGGUCAUUUAUAGUGUUUUGUAUCUCUAAUAAAUGUUGGAAUGUCAGAGGGAGCUGCUUUGCCCACCCUACUGGCACAUAAAGGGUUAUUUUUGCCGCUCCAGACAUCAUGGUUUUUGUAUGUUUAGUUUACAGUUAAACUAGAUAUCUUAAUAUUAUACGGUGGUUUUUUCCCCCCAUUCUCUUUUUGGAAGACUGUAAUUUUGUUUUAAUAGACCACUAAGUAUUAAGAAUGGGCAGCUGUCAAGUUAGAAUAGAGAGUUAAUUGAAAAAAAAAAUACAUAUGUAAAUAUAUAUUUUUUCCUUUUUUUUUUUUUUUACGUAUCCUUCUUGUGCACUUUGUGAAUUUUAAAUUAAUGGUGACCAGAGACUGAAAUUCCAAGGGCAGCUGUAUUUACUAAAAUGAGCCUUAUUUCACAUAUCAUGUAAUAUGUUCUGACAACAUUAAAUCUAGCUAUCAUCAAAAUGUCACUGAUUGAAGGAAGGUCUGUACACUGAGAAGAUAGUUUGAAGUUUAGAAAACUACGACAAAAGAAAUACUACUUGUUGUUUUUAUUACAAUGGCCUUAUUUGAAUGCUGAGGUUUUUUUCUUUUAAUGUACAUGUUGUACGGUACUAUUUUGCCUGUAUACUGAAAAAAAUGAAACGUGAAAACUUACUUUAAACAUUAUGUGUAACUUAUGUAACUGUUUUAAGAACAGUUUGAUUUAAUAAAAUCGUCAUUUUAAAUUGA